UGGAGUAGGUCACACUCCAGAGUCUGGACGAAGAAAUCUGGAGGAAGUUAAAAGUCAGACUGUCUUGCCAUGAGAGUUCAAGAGGAUUGUGAACAUGUGGAAAACUAUGCGAACCAGAUGCUGCUUAACCAGCUGAGGGAGAUCACUGGCAUUCAGGACCUCCAGAUUCUCCAGCGUGUCCUUAAUGAAAGCCAGGAGGACAUUAGCCAUGCUGUUGCACUCCUCACUGCACAAACAGUGGAGAAGGAACAAGUACCUGAGGAAGCUUCGACUUCAGAGUAUCACAGAGAACCUUCUCAUCAAUACAGCAAAACAGCUAAUGAUGAACUGCAGGUCGCCAUUGAGCUCAGUCUUCAGGAGUCUCAGCAGGCCGAGGCAGAGGAGAGAGAGCUCCACAGGGCUCUGGAGGCCAGUGCUGAGGAGAAUGCAGUCCAUGUGAAGAGGAAGAAGAAUGAGGUGUCAGGAGAGAUGUGCAGUCCCACAGACUGGAUCAGGCAGGAGGGUUGGCCUGUAGGCAUCCGCAAUGUGGGAAAUACCUGCUGGUUCAGCGCCGUCAUCCAGUCUCUGUUCCAUCUGCCGGUGUUUCGCAGACUGGUGCUCAAUUACUGCCUGUCUGAGCGCGUGCUGGAGAAAUGCAAGAGCCACUCUGAGAAGAGAAAUAUAGCAUUCAUGCAGGAGUUGCGAUGCCUCUUUGCUCUGAUGGUGGGCUCUAAUCGCAGGUUUGUGGACCCCACUGCAGCUGUGGAGCUGCUCAGGGACGCUUUUAGGACCAGCGAGGCACAGCAGGAUGUUAGUGAGUUCACACACAAGCUGCUCGACUGGCUCGAGGACGCCUUCCAACUGGCAGCUAAUGGCAGUAAUCCAGAAGAUAAACAGGACAACCCAAUGGUUCAGCUUUUCUACGGGACAUUCGUAGCCCAAAGAGUUCAUGAAGGUAAGAUCCUCUCCACCAUCGAGCAGUUUGGACAGUAUCCUCUGCAGGUGAAUGGGUUCAACAAUUUGGAUGAGUGCCUGGAGGGUGCGAUGGUAGCAGCAGAGAUCGAAUCACUACACUGUGAUCAAACUGUGUCGUCUGGACAGGAGCGAUGGUUCUCCAAGCUGCCACCAGUGUUGACCUUCGAACUCUCCAGAUUUGAGUUCAAUCAGUCUUUAGGACGACCAGAAAAAAUACACAAAAAGCUUGAGUUCCCUCAGAUUAUCUACAUGGACAGAUACCUUCACAGAAAUGUUGAACAGACACACGGAAGAAGAGGAGAGGUAAAGAGGCUCAAGGACCAGUUAACAGUUCUUCAGCAGAAACUUGAAAGCUAUAAAAGCUAUGGUUCUGGGCCGAACAAGUACCCACUGGCAGACAUGCUGCAGUAUGUUUUAGAGUUUGCGACCUCAAAGCAGACAAACACAAGCACGUCUCCUACUUCAGCCGGACCUGCCAGCACUCUUGCACACACAGAACCCAGCUCUGAACACACCAGCCAAACAGAAGCAGAUGAUGCCGGUUCAUCAGAUGGUUCAGGCUCCACACAGAACUCUACACAGAGAACGCCCAUCCACAAGCCCUUCACCCAGUGUAAACCCCCCGCUGACUGGCCUCAGCACCCGGCACCUGGCAGCGUGAGCGAGGAGGAGCUGCACUUUGUCAGGAGCUGCCUGCAGCGCUGGAGAACUGAGGCAGAGAACAACAUGAACGAGCUCAAGGCCAGCAUUGACAAGGUCAGCCAGGCUCUGGAGGGGAUGUACUCAGAUAACAGUCUAUGUCAGGUGCCGUACAGGCUACAUGCCGUUCUUGUUCAUGAGGGACAGGCUUCUGCUGGUCAUUACUGGGCCUACAUCUAUGAUCAUGCCCAUAAACGCUGGCUCAAGUACAAUGAUGUGAUGGUGACUGAGUCAUCAUGGGAGGAGCUGGUGCGAGACUCUUAUGGAGGAAUGACGAAUGCCAGUGCUUACUGUCUAAUGUACAUUAAUGACAGACUGCCACAUCUCAUAGCAGAGGACACAGACAAUGAGACGGGGCAGGUUCUGCAAGGCAUGGACUCCCUUCCUGCUAUAUUGAAACGCUUCGUCCGUGAGGACAACCGUUGGUUCCAGCAGCAACUGAGGGAAUGGGAGGAGCAACUCCAUCAGGCACCUCAGGAUGAGACACGGGUUCCCAUAACACAGGCUCCCACCAACAAAGAGGAGAGCACUUCAGAACCAGAGCACCCAAAUCCAGAACCAGAGCACCCAAAUCCAGAACCAGAGUGCCCAAAUCCAGAACCAGAGUGCCCAAAUCCAGAACCAGAGCACCCAAAUCCAGAACCAGACCGCAAACACAGCCAUGAGAAACCUGAAGAAGCAACCCCAGAGGCAGAGCAGGAGCCAGUCCAGGAUUCAGAAGAGGCCACAACCAGCAUGGGAGCUCUUGAUUUGUCACCAGAGAGCAGUAAGGGGGUGAAGGAGGGUACUGAGGAUGCCACCUCUCUCAGUCUGACCCACAGCCAGCUGGAUGAGAGUCAGAGUCCUGUAUCAACAUCUCAAAAGGAUGAGGAGACGGUGAAAGAAGAAAGUGAGAUAAUUAAUCAGACUGUAAAUGAGCAGACAGAAACAGAAGCAGCAUCAGACCCACAAGCUGAGACUGAAGAGGCUGAAGCACAGGCUGCAUCAGCAGAGGACAGCCAAGCCGAGGCCAGACAACCGGAGAAUGAGGUGUCAGAGGUCGAGAUCCCGAAUGUGGGCAAGAUCCUGGUGCUUUCUGAUGCAGACGGAUAUAACGAGGAGAUGAUGCUUACCCCGGCCAUGCAGGGUGUGAUCCUAGCCAUAGCCAAAGCCAGACAAGUCUUUGACAAGGACGGUCCUGAAGCAGGGCUUAUCAAGGCAUUUCAUGAAGAGUACUCCAGACUGUACGAGAUGUCUCAGGAGGAGAUCACCCCCCAGCAGGACCCUCGGCUCCAGCAUGUCUUGAUCUAUCUCUUCCAGAACAAAGCACCUGACCGGAUCAUUGAGAGAACUCUGCUGGAGCAGUUCGGUGACCGAAACUUGAGCUUUGAUGAGAGGUCUAUCAGUAUCAUGAGGGAGGCCAGAGCCAAACUUCGGCUCAUCAAACCAGAAGACAUGGACAUGGAGGAGUACUUGCAAUGGCAUGACGACUACAGCAUGUUCAAGACGGUAUUUGCCUACCUGCUGACAGGACUUGAGCAAUACCAAAAUGGAAAAAUUCGAGAAGCGUUGAUUUAUCUUGCACAUGCUUACCAAGACAAUGCAGCCCUGCUUAAGGGCGGGGAAAAGAGAGGAGUGGACCACAAUCUGAUCGCACUUUACAGGAGAAAAUGUCUGAAGGAGCUGAAUCAGAAUGCAGUAACGCUGUUUAAAAGCGGAGAAGAGAGCGAUGUAGAGGAGGGCAUGAUCAUCAUGAACGACUGUGUCAUCCCCUGUAUGCACCUUAUGGUCAGAGACAGCAUCACACAGGAGGACAUGGAUGCUAUUGAAGCAAUCAGGAGUCACUGGUGCUCUUAUCUGGGACAGGAUAUGGACGAGUUCCAGCAGGAGAAGCUGAGCGAGUUCUUGCCGAGGGUUCUGGACUGCUCGGCUGAGAGGGUGGUGCUGAAAGAGCCACCCAAAGUAAGAAAGUCACCCCAUGACUUGUGCAGCCGCCUGGCCGCCGUCAUGGAGUCCAUCCACAGCACGUCAGUCGUCACUGUGAAGUGAGCACACACAGGGGAGGUGACAUCAUGCUGACAUCAUGGUAAUAUGCCACCAUUUAGCCCCUGAAUCCUGCUAAAUGGUCAACCACUGAGUUUCAAUUGUUGUUGCACUGAAUAUAGAGCUGUGUCACUUUUUAUACAUAUUUUAACUCGCAUUGGUCGACCUGGACACUUCACUGCAUAGUCUAGCAUUUGCAGAACUUUUGUUUGGUUGAUCUCAGGAAAGAUCAAUUGGAUUUUAUCUUGUUUCACAGAAUCCAUUUUCAUCAUGAAGGCUGGGUAUUUAGGGGAGAAUAUGUGAUACUUUGACUUUUCACAUGUACCAUAGAAUGACGUUGUGAAAUGAACCCACAGUAACCAUAGUCACGUUGUUUCAGAUUGCUCUACUGGUUUUCCACUCCUCUGUUUCUUCCCUCUAAGCCUGUCCUGACCCUCAAUAAACUUUCUCUCACUUUGUUGUACUCUG